CCACACCUUUGUUACACCCAUCAACAAAGUGUUCAUGUGCGCCCCAGAUUGGGUUGUUAUAAUAUUUCCAACUGCACCUGAAGGCAGCGGGAGACAGAGUGAGAAGUCGAGGCUGAACAACAGGGAGAGGAGGGGGAAGAUAGCGAGACCCAGCCGCUCGCGCACAGUAGGCUUGUUUACCAUAACCUAACCGCUAUUGUGCGAUAUUGGCGCAACAACAGAUAAAAGCACAUUAGAGGCAUGUCCUUUCGCUAAGAUGUUAACGUUACUCCACCAGCACUUCGUCGAGUGUGUCUAAAACGGCUGAAGUGUGCGCCGAUAGCUAGUUCGGUUACAGUUCAGACGAAAAAGGCAUCUCUCUGUCUUUUACCGUGCAGCACGAUCGUAAUCUCCGGAUGACACUUUGUGAGUGAACGUUUGGCAACCGUUUCGGCUAAACCUCCCGCUGCUCGGGUGACCUACCGUUCCUGGUUCUCUAAAAACAGCAGGAUAGGGGAAACCACCAAGCUGUCAAAAUGAAAUUUACAGAGCAUCUCUCGGCUCACAUCACGCCGGAGUGGAGGAAGCAGUACAUCCAGUACGAGGCUUUCAAAGAGAUGCUAUAUGCUGCUCAGGACCAGGCCCCAUCUAUUGAAGUCACAGACGAGGAUACAGUUAAGAGGUACUAUGCCAAGUUUGAGGAGAAGUUCUUCCAGACGUGCGAAAAAGAGCUGGCCAAGAUCAACACCUUCUACUCUGAAAAGCUGGCUGAGGCUCAGCGGCGAUUUGCCACGCUGCAGAAUGAGCUGCAGUCAUCGUUGGAUGCCCAGAGGGAGAGCUGGGCUAACGGGCGGAGCUUGAGGAGGAGGAAGACAGUGUUUGCCCUGUCGCAGCAGGAGCGAUGCAAACACAGAAACAUAAAGGACUUGCAGCUGGCCUUCUCCGAGUUCUACCUCAGCCUCAUACUGCUGCAGAACUACCAGAACCUGAACUUUACAGGUUUCAGAAAGAUCCUGAAGAAGCAUGACAAGAUUUUGGAGACGUCGAGGGGUGCCGACUGGAGGGUGGUUCAUGUUGAAGUGGCUCCAUUUUACACAUGCAAGAAGAUCACUCAGCUCAUCUCUGAGACCGAGGCGUUGGUCACCACAGAAUUGGAAGGAGGUGACAGGCAGAGGGCCAUGAAGAGACUGAGGGUUCCUCCCCUGGGAGCUGCACAGCCUGCUCCUGCGUGGACUACCUUUAGAGUCGGGCUGUACUGCGGAGUAUUCCUCGUCUUAUUGGUCACUGUGGUCAUUACAGGUAACAAAUACAUACACACACAUAAAAUUCUCAAACAUCAAUAUAAUAGUGCUGAUGUUUGGCCUAUGAUCAGGAUCUACAGAGGAGGCUUCCUGUUAAUAGAAUUCCUCUUCUUGUUAGGCAUCAACACCUACGGCUGGAGGCAGGCUGGAGUUAACCAUGUACUCAUUUUUGAACUCAACCCCAGAAACAACCUAUCACAUCAACAUCUGUUUGAGAUUGCAGGUCUGCUGGGGGUGCUGUGGUGUGUCAGCCUGCUGUCCUGUCUCUUCAGUGAUAGCAUACUGGUACCAAUGCAGGCUAACCCUCUUGCCCUCUACGGCCUCUUCCUCCUCUUCCUCAUCAACCCCUUCAAGACCUGCUACUACAAGUCACGCUUCUGGCUGCUCAAACUCUUGUUUCGGGUGGUGACGGCUCCGUUUCAUCAUGUUGGCUUUGCAGACUUCUGGCUGGCUGACCAGUUGAACUCGCUUGGUGUGGUUCUGAUGGAUCUGGAGUAUAUGAUCUGUUUCUACAGUUUUGAACUUGACUGGAAAAAACACGAUGGACUCAUUAGCAGUGAAGGUAAAGAUGUGUGUAAUUCCUACUCCUAUGGCGUCCGUGCGGUGAUCCAGUGUCUUCCUGCUUGGUUCCGAUUCGUCCAGUGUCUUCGACGUUACCGUGACACCAAGCGAGCAUUCCCUCACCUGGUGAACGCAGGGAAAUACUCCACUUCCUUCUUUGUUGUCACCUUUGCUGCCCUAUACAGCACACAUAAAGCUGAAGCCCAUGCUGACGCCCAGAUCUUCCUCUACUUGUAUAUCGGCUGUUUAGUGGUCAGCUCAUGUUACACACUUGUCUGGGAUCUGAAGAUGGACUGGGGCCUGUUUGACCGCAACGCAGGAGAGAACACCUUUCUGAGAGAGGAGAUAGUCUACCCACAAAAGGCCUAUUACUACAGUGCUAUAGUGGAGGAUGUGCUGUUGCGCUUUUCAUGGACUUUAACUGUCUCCCUGAGCACAGUCUCUGGGUUACAUGGCAUCUCGGACAUACUGGCGACUAUACUUGCCCCAAUGGAGGUCUUUAGACGUUUUGUUUGGAACUUCUUCCGAUUAGAGAACGAACACCUGAAUAACUGUGGUGAGUUCAGGGCCGUAAGGGACAUCAGUGUGGCUCCGCUCAAUGCUGACGACCAGACACUGCUGGAGCAGAUGAUGGACCAGGAGGAUGGAGUCAGGAACCGGCAGGGCAAGAAGAGCUGGAAAAGGAGCUACAGCAUGAGUCUACGCAGACCACGACUAGCCUCACAGUCCAAGACCCGUGACACCAAGGUUUUGAUAGAGGACACCGAUGAUGACUCCUGACAUCAGGCCACGCCCCUCGCCUGGGUCCAGAAUUUAUUCAAAGGAGGAAACUCCACCUCCUAACUGAGGAAUUACCCAGCGAGUUGGGCGUUGAACUCUCAACCAAGGACCGGUUUUAAACACUCAUGCCUAUGUAAUCCUUUCUCCAAUGCAUGAGCCGCUACAUGGGUUCAGAACUAUUUGAAGUAUUUCAAGAGAGAAACUUUCACCCCUUGAGCAAACAACCCAGCAACAUGGCCAUCAAACUCUUACCCCUACCUACCUUCAAUGAUAAUCAAGGGUGGGCUUACCACUUAAACUCUACCUUACCGAAGCAGUGGGUGGAAAACGUCUCCUCUUGUCACCCACAGUCACCCAGAGGGGAACUCUCUAACUGCAGUCAUUGCUUGAGCUCUCCUAACAGCCUCAGGCUAGCAUGAACAACGCAGCUAAAUGGAAUGCAAGCCGAUCACCCUGACAGGAAGUGUCCCUGCUCCCCCUCGAUACCCCUCAGCUUCCACACAGGCCGACAACUUCAAACCUGCUGCUGUUGAGGACCAAAAGGUUUUCUCCUUGCCUUUAGUUAAUAGUCUCCAGCUACACCACACCUCAAGAGAUGAGUUCACUUUUAAUUUGGACCUCAGAGUGGAUCUAAAGCCAACUUUUAUCAAUAAGAGAAUAUAAGGGAUGAAAAGUGUCCUCCUCCUUUCGGCAACCUUUUAGGCCUUGUGCCCUACUCCCUGACCCUUGGCUAUGCUGACAAGCAUUUGGAAAAGCCGAUCAGUCACUGGCUUGACUCCCUCACUCACUCAGCUUGCCCCUUCAAAUCAUCACAGAGCUGCCUACCUGCACCUUAGACGCUUUAGAAACACACACUCAGAAACACACACUUUUUAGGAGUGAAUUGGAGUGGAAUGCCUAUUGUGUGUUCACACGCACACAAACAGGGAUUUAAAAUGUUUUAUUGUUUGUGGAUGAGCGUUACAGAAAAAACACACAUAAACUAGUAAUUAUUUAUAACAGUGGUUGUAAAUAUGAGACGGACCAAAGUAGGAAGUGUGAAAAUAUUCAUGAAAUAUCAAAUACUUUUUUUUUUUAAGUACUAAGUUCAUACUGCAUGGAAUAGCAGCUGGAAUGACUGUUCAACCGUGGAGAUUUUGAUUCUGGAAAAAGAUGAAGAUCACCUUAAACAUCCUGUGGUAAAAAAAUAAAUGGAAAUGGUUUUACUGAAUGUAUGCCAACUUAUGUAUAAGUGGGAGGGAUACCUGUCAAUUCAUUAGGCCAAUACGUUUUUGUAAACUUGAAAGGUCCAAAUCAUUUAAAUUUGUUGUCCCCUGAUUGAAUACUUUACUGGUUUAUGAAACAGUAACUUGGGUCUGUCAAACUGGUUCAUUAAUAUGUGACGAUGAUGAAAAGGAGGGAGGUCACCUGUCUAUCACAUAUUGGUUCAAAGUUUAACAUUGAAAAGGAUGGUGUAGUUCAACUUGAAUCUGGGGGAAGUGACUCUUCAAGCUGGUUUGGUGGUUGGGGAGUGAAUCUGAUUGACUGUGUUUACACUGCAUAACUCAGGUUCCAUAAACACUCCGGUUUGGAUUUAAUACUUUAACAGAAUGGGGGCUGGUUAUAAUAAAUAACAUAUUUGUUUUAAGACAAAGUCAUUUUAAUGUAUUUGUAUGUAAUGUAAUGUUACUGAACUAUUCAUCACAUGUUGUGUACCUACCGUAAAUUCUCAAAUAUCGACUGUCUAAAAACAGUCUAUUCUUAAAAUGUUCCUGCUUCCUAAUUCAUACAAAUUCUAAACUUUUUACACUUAGUCUUGCUGAAAUAACUAUACUGUCCAUUUCCACAACAACAGUCAUGUCACUCUCUGCUGCUCUGUUUCCCUUUAUCACAAAUACUCUUUUCAUUCACUAAUUAUUUCCAGUCCAUACGGUUUUCCUUGUGUCCCAACUUCUCUUACUCUACCAUCAAUGAAACUCAACGCUUCCUGCACUAUUAAACAUCCCAUUAAAAGUA